AAACUGCAGCAGAGUGAUUGGUGGCGGUCAGUGAUCUGCGUUGGGAAAUUAAUAAAAUUUUCUUGGAAAAGUUUAAUUAAACCUUGUUUUUAAAAGUUUGCGCCACAGCUGGAAUAUGGAUUUUAUAGAGCAAUUCAAAAACACGACCCUAAGCUUGCCCAAAUUGCCCGUACACUACAUCGAAACCAUCCGUUCUGAGAAUGGUCAAGUGAUUGCAGACCAUUUGCAAUGCAACGCAAAGCAACCGUUCGGGACGGGACCCGUAUUCAAAACCGGUAUACUCAGCUACAAGGUGCUUGCCGAAGGAGAGGGAGUGAAAACUGUUUACGAAGUUUCGAUCAAGGAGCCUCCGAACAUGCCGGAUUAUUUUCCCGGAGAUGUUAUUGGCAUCCUUGCGCAGAAUUUGGCCGCAGAUGUUAAUUUCGUCCUGGACCGGAUGCACCUCACCGAAAUAGCCGAGUGCGUCUUCGAGGUCAAACUGGCCAAACCGGUCAAGAAGAAAAAUCCGGAGCUGCCGCCGUAUGUUCCUAAGUUUAUUACGCCGCGGCGAUUGCUGACCGAGUGCUUAGAUUUCAGAAUCAUUCCACGAAAAAUGACCCUGCAAGUGCUAGCCAGCUAUACUUCGGAUCCCUGUGAAAAAAGACUACUUGAAAUCCUGGCCUCCAAGGAGGGUGCAUCAUUCUACAAUGAGUUCGUCCUAAAGAACGAGAUGAAUUUUAUGCAUCUGCUUAAAAUCCUGUCCUCAUGCCGUCCAUCGCUUGCCAUGCUGAUCGAGCAUUUCCCGCGCUUGCAGGCCAGACCGUACUCAAUAGCGAACUACGACAGGGGAAACCAAAUCCGUAUCGUGUUCGCUAUGCUAAACGACGGUCGGACUGGCAUCACGACCACCAUGCUGGAAAACAAGCUUCUGUACGCAGCUCGUUACGAUAAGUACAUUUAUAUGUACCUACGGCAGGUGAAACCAGUUUUUCAGUAUCGGGAGGAAGAUCUGGAGAAAAACAUCAUAAUGAUCGGACCUGGGACGGGUAUUUCGCCAUAUAUGGGAUUCCUUGAGUUUCGGAAGCGUGCCAAGCAGUUCAACAAAAAAACUAAGCUGGGAUCGGCUUUGCUUUUGACUGGCUGUCGGCAUCGCGACCGCAACUACUUGAUGCAGGACGAAAUUCAGCAGUACAUUCAGCUGGGAGUGCUCGAUAAGGUGUACGAGGCAUUUUCCCGGGACGCCGACAGUCGCUACAAAUUUGUGCAGGACAUCAUCGAAGACAAGAAAGAGGAAUUCGUCAAGCUCCUGCUGGAGGAUAACACCAAGCUCUACCUGUGCGGCGAGGGAAGAACCAUGCUACCAAGGAUCCAGGACACCAUUUCGACAUGUUUAAGUAAGAUAAAGGGAAUGCCCAAGGUAGAGUCUGACGCGCUUAUUGGUGAGUACAGAAAAACCGGUAAAUAUUUGUACUAUUCUAUGAUACGCUACUAGGUUUGUUGUAUAAUAAAUCAAAGUGUUGCGAAAAUCCCAUUUGAGGAACUAUGUGAGAAAGCC